GCUGGAUAAUUUCGGCCUGUUGACUUUGAAUGUUAUGAAUUUCACUUGCAACCAGGAAUUUGAUCUCUUUUUUUUCCUUCAGAGUAAUUAUAUUCGAACGUCAUUAUUAACGCAAAUCUUAUCAAAUAGCAGGAAAUUUUUGAUUUACUGUACUUGUAUACGUAGUAUUGUUUAGACAUACUAUACAUACAGUUGAUUUUAUGACAGGUUUCUUGUCUGUACCAUUUGGUGACCACAAAUAGAAAAAAAAUUCCCCAUGCUGUGCACUUUAAUCGAUAAUUGAGUUUUCAUUGAGAUAUUUGAGUAAAUGCAGUUACUUCUUGAUUUAUAUCGUUAUUUAUAGUUCUAUAUGUGAAUGGAAUUAAAUAUUGAGCGGUCGUCUUUUAGUUCCAAUCUUUGCUGUCUAUUUUAAUUUGAGUAUUCCUAAUCCUUUAUUCAGUUGAUUGAUUUAUCGAAUGCGAUCCAUUUUUGAUGAGUUGUUCACGAUUAGGAUGGGAUCUGAACAAUCAUAAACUCUUGAGGACUAUUUGUUCUACUUUUCAUGUCUUUGGUAAACUUCUUAUAGACUUCUGUUUUGAGAUUAGAUCUAUAAAUUGAAUUUUAUUAUAUAUUUUCAUUUAUUUAGCCUUAUGUAAAACCUACAUAUUAUUACUCAACCUGUUGUUAUCAAAUUGAACUAAGUAGUAAUUUAACGGAAAAUAAAGUACGUAAACUAUAUGUUUAAUAUCAGAGACUCACACGUAUCUUGAUUAUUACAUUAAGAUGUUUCUUUGUUCAUGAGUAUGUCCAGAAAAAAGCAUCUAUGCUUUAAAGGUUAAAUAAAUAUCAAGAUAAUAUCGUUUCCCUCAAUUAUUUUUAAUAAUACCUCCCCCCCUUUAACCAAUAGUAAUUGAAAUGUAAGUAUUGAUUACUCUUGACCAUAUAUUGUGAUAGAAAAGCUAAGCAUAAAAAGUGGAUUAAAGUAAUUCAUACUGGGAAAAAAUAUCAUAUCCCAUUUACCACAUUCAUCAAGAACAUUAAAAAAUCUUAAUAUAUAUAGAAGUGUAUUUUCAUUUCGCAUCGAUUGUUUCUCCCUAAAUAUACAAUUAUUUAUGUAAACAUUCUUUGAAAUUUGAACGAAAUAGUAUGACAGGAAUUAGAAAUUGAGUAUGUAGAGGGUAUUUUGUCUAAAAUAAUUUGGGUAGUCGAAAUUUGAACAAUUUCAAUGCCUUACAUUUCAAUGAUAACUUAGUGACAGGUAAUUAAAUCCAUAAUAAUAAUAAUAAUAAUGUUUAAAGUGAUCACUAGGUGUGUGUGCUUAUAGAAAUAAACUGAUAUUCUUUUGAUUGAGAUCAUGAACCGAUUGAUGUUAGACCACCUUUGGAAACCUGGAAGCACUGGAUGGCCAUUUCGUCCUAUUGUGGGACUCCUCAGCAGUGCGCAUCUACGAUCCCGCUCGCGGGAUUCGAACCCAGGGCCUUCGGUCUCGCGCGCGAACGCUUAACCUACUGGACCAUUGAGCUGGCAUCCAAUGGUGAUAGUGUCUAACAUCAAUCGAUCCCCGAAAUUGCGCGACCAUCUUCCAUUGUACUGAGGUAGAUCUCAAUCAAAAACUUGAUAAUCUCCACAACCCCUAUACUAGUAAACUGAUAUUGUUUAAUGAUUUAAAUUAAGCAACGAUAUAAAUAAUAUGAAAAGUAUAAAAUUUUUAUGAUGCGCUGAGUGAAAAAUAAAUAAAACUGUACAAACUAUGCAUGAGUGCCAUUAUUUGUGUAGUUCAAGAAUGUUUUAAAUUAACAGGUGCAAAGAAAAGUAAGCACAACAAUAGUGGAAUUGUUCAUAUGGAAAUAAAAGGAAUGGGAAGUAAUUUUUUAACGAAAAAAGUAGUAGGCAGUGUUUAUUUUCAUCCAUCGAAUUGAGACCUAAAGUUGAUGAAUUACAAGGAAAUCUUUUAGAUGACGAACAAAAUUUUCGUCUCCUGACGUUGCUCCACUGCCUUGUGGAUCAGAUCUUUAGGUCAAAGGCUCCGGGUAUGGCCUUCUAAGAAAACUACCUACUUCGGCUUGGGCAUGCGGGCAGUAUCACAAUCCACACACAAAUCAAGUGACUUGUGUGGCUCAUAUGUAUUCGGUGCCCUUUUGUACCAAUAUUUAUGUGUUCAACUAAAUAAAUGACUUGUUGGAUGAUUUUUGUUAAGAUUGUGCCGCCUGAGUGGGAUCAUGUAAUUGGAAGGCUUUCAUUACUAUUAAUCGCUACAUAAUUAUAUAAUUGAAUUAGACAUUGAGAAUUUUAUUCAAAAUAUAGUAGGAAAUUUCGCAAUCAAGCCACUUCACUCAAAAAUAAGCUAUCUUAUCAAAAUAUCCAAUUAUUAUUAAGUAAUAUGCCUAAAAUAUUCAAACUGUCCGUCCAAAUUUUGUGUGCAGCUUCAAAGGAAAAUUAAUAAAAGUAAACAAAUAAAACUAAGCAGAGCCUUGUGGAAACGACGAUGGAUUUAUCUAUGUUUAUCUUCGUGCAGUGGAAAUACCUUUCAAGUAGAACAAGUAACUCUUCUCCAGUUUAGGCGAUAGUUGCCAUGGCAAAUUUCUAUGAUUUACUCGGUUGAUCUAAGUAAGAAUUUACACCGAGCGAUAUAUUAAUUCAGUUUCAGUAAUCAGCCACAAGAGGGAGGAAGUUUUAACAUAUAAUUUAAUUAGUGAUGGCUUGAUUCAUCCCGUUGUUGAUAUCCAUCCAGAUGACAGGUCCCAAGUAAGAUGAAACGCGCGUCCUGGAUCCCACUGUUAGCCAUAUUCUAUCUAUUCUAUGUAGACAUAUCACUGUAUUUGUACUCUUUUCAAUGAUUAUAUUUAUUCAAGCUAUUUCUUAAAACCGUAAAUUAAGCACUAACUACAUACCAAAGACUAGCAUCAUAUGUUCUAAGAUACUUCUCAUCAUAAAUUGUGAUGCUAAACCAUUGAGAAUCAAGGCACACUGGACAGAUGUCUGAUGUCCUGGUCUGGAACUGUACAAUAGUGCUGUGAACCCACAACACCAUGAUAUUUUUAGAACAUAUGAGUCAAAAUCGAAUGGUUCAACUUUUCAAAUUUAGAUAAUUAAAAUAACUCAUAGUGUCAUUGAAUAUCAAAAAAAGAAUUCAGCGAAGAAAAUUUUCUUUUCGACGAAAUCAUUUACUUAGGCUGUACACUCGUAUAUACAGUUAUAUGGAAAAUAUGUCCAUCUGACUGGUCACAAUCACUUAUCGUCCCGAUAUAUAAGAGAGAGUCAAAAUCAUCCUGUGACAACCAUAGAGGGAUUAGUUUAACUAAUAUAAUAUCUAAAAUACUAGCCUCGAUAAUUAUCAGACGCCUAACUAAGACUCGUGAACUGCAAACACGAGAGAAUCAAGCUGGCUUCAGACCUGGUCGUGGCUGCAUCGACCACAUAUUCACCAUUCGUCGGGUUCUAGAACAUAGGCAUACUUAUCGGCGUCCGACAAUGGUGGUCUUUCUUGACUUGAAAGCAGCAUUUGAUUCGGUAGACCACGAGAUUCUGUGGCAGUGUCUGUCAUUGAAAGGCGUACCUCAGAAGUACAUAAACCUUGUAAAGGCUCUUUACUCGAACACUACUAGUUGAGUCAGAGCUUAUGGCGAACUGUCAUCUGCUUUUUCAACCUCAAGUGGUGUCCGUCAAGGCUGUCCACUUUCUCCAUUUUUGUUUAACUUCGUCAUAGAUAUACCGAUGGAAAUAACAUUCUCGUCUGCUGACUUCUCGGGUAUUGAUCUCCUUCCAGGAGGUCCACUUAUCGACUUAGAAUACGCGGAUGACAUAGUCCUGUUUGGUGAAGACGCUGAUAGAAUGCAGAGUCUUUUGGUAGCACUAAGCAACAAUGCCAGAAUGUUUGGAAUGCGCUUCUCUCCCUCUAAAUGUAAGUUGUUGCUUCAGGACUGGUCUGCGUCAACACCUGAACUAAGGAUAGGGAGUGAAGUAGUCGAACGCGUUGACAACUUCACUUAUCUUGGAAGUCUGAUCAGCCCUGAUGGGUUGGUAUCGGACGAAAUCUCAGCACGGAUUCGGGAAGCUCGUUUGGCUUUUGCCACCUUACGUCACCUAUGGCGAAGGCGAGAUAUCCGUCUAUCAAUAAAAGGACGAGUAUCCUGCGCGGCAGUCCGUUCUGUUUUAAUUUACGACAGCAAAACAUGGCCAUUAAGAGUAGAAGACACUCGUAAGCUACUGGUAUUUGACCACAGAUGCCUCAGAAAUAUUGCUGGCGUCUGCUGGGAUCACCGGGUAAGUAAUAGUGAGGUUAGACGCAGGGUAUUAGGAAAUGAUGGUAAAUCAGUUGAUGAGGCUGUGAAUCUUCAUCGACUGAGAUGGUUGGGCCACGUGUUACGUAUGCCCGAACACCGAUUACCACGACGUGCAAUGCUAACCAUGUUCAUGAUGGUUGGAAGAAAGUUAGGGACGGCCAAACCAAAACGUGGCAUCAGUGCUUGAAGUCACUAACUUCUAGUCUGAGCCAUGUUGGUAGAUGCAGACUACUUGGUUGGGGUCCGCGUGACUAUCGUAACCAAUGGUUGGAGACUCUGUGUGACAUGGCUCAGAAUCGAUCACAAUGGCGUAGGUGUAUACACUCUCUACCUUCCCUUAAACUAAGAGAUUAAAAUCGCUUCAUAUCUUUCUUUCUACGAACUAAUUCUUUCUUCCUGUACUAUAUCCUUAUAUGCAAUCUUUCUUUUACAUAUUACCACCUCUGAAUUCACUACUUUUAUGAAUCCGGUGUCCAUCUUGUUGUGUUAAUGAGGUAUGGCAACUUGGACCGAUGCAUAAAUGUGCCUGUUCCUACGUUGUAGCUGACUGACUGAACUGACUGACUAUAGACAUAUAUUUUCCAUUUAACUGUAUAUAUGAGUGUACAGCUUAAGUAAAUGAUUUCGUCGAAAAGAAAAUUUUCUUCGCUGAAUUCUUUUUUUCUUUUCCAAAUUUAGUCAAUUUGUACUACGAUAUAUCAUGUGUAUACGGAUAGAUAUAAGUAGUAUGUAGCAGAAGUUGGAGGUAGAAUUCUUACUGACAGAAGAGGAAGAAAAACAGCAGUCGGAGUAACAAAAUGAAUAGAGAAACGAUGGAGUUUGUAAGGACAGCUCAAGGAUGAUUUCCAAGUGGUGUAUUUAUUAUAUUGUACUUAUAUUUUACAAGUGCAGUAUGCACGUUGCAGUGCCAUAACACAGUUUUCGGUGAUGAACCAGUCAGGUUACAUAAAAUUGAAAGCACGAUGACAGAUAGCUUGUUUCUUAUUAAGAGCUAUAAGAGAAAUGAAUAAAACAUACCAAUAUUUAAUUAAUAAAGCUCUUAAAAUUAAUAAACACGACAAAACCAACGGUUAGGAAUAAACUUGGGCAACUCCUGAAACGGUGUUGAGAUAUUGAUUUGUUUUUUAUCGAGAAAGUAACAGAAUAAACUAAAUCAAACAGCUAAACAGUUCUAUUGAUUCAUUAAAGGGGACAAAGACAUUUCAGCGAAGAAAAUUUCCUUUUCGACGAUAUCAAUUACUUAAGCUGCCCAGUCCUAUCUAUCUGUAAUUUUCCACAUGGUCACAUAAACCACUAGGACUGUCGUUCAAGAUCGUCCACAAAUUUAGAUGAACUGGCUCGAACAAGGCUUGGGUGAGUAAUUUGCUUACAGCUGAAGCUAUAACAAUUCACCUUUUGAAACCUGAUCUCUGUGUUCAAGAGUCAUUUUCAAUCACUUCUUUUUCUGUGGUCUUAGCUCUCCUUUCAAUUGUACACAUCUUAAGUGCUAAUUAAUAUCUUGCUCUUGAC